AGCUUUUAGCAAGUAGCAUCCAUCUACAACCAAAAUAUAUAUACAUACAUAUAAAAUAUUUACAGGCCAGAAAAAAAUGGCAACAAAACCAGGAGUGCUUACAGAUUGGCCAUGGAAACAUCUCGGAAGUUUCAAGUACAUGAUCUUGGCUCCAUGGGCAAUGCAAAGCAUAUACUCAAUUGCAAAAAACAAGAAUGGAGAGAAAGAAAGAGACUACAUCAAUUUGUUGGUAAUUCCAUUUAUGGUAUCAAGAAUCCUCCACAACCAAAUCUGGAUUUCGAUUUCUCGUCACCGGACCGCUAAAGGCAACAACCGUAUCCUCGAUAGGACCAUCGAAUUCGAACAGGUCGACAGGGAAAGCAACUGGGAUGACAACAUUCUACUUAGUGGAAUAUUGUUCUAUUUUUUCAACUCAACACUAAGAAGUGCAUCAUUUUUGCCAAUUUGGAGAAAUGAUGGCAUAAUUAUCACAAUUUUGCUUCAUGCUGGUCCAGUGGAGUAUCUCUACUAUUGGCUCCACAGAGGAUUGCACCACCAUUUUCUCUACACCAGAUAUCAUUCCCACCACCAUUCGUCCAUCGUCACCGAACCAAUCACAUCUGUCAUACACCCAUUCGCCGAGCACCUAUCGUAUUUCGCCCUGUUCGCGAUCCCGAUGUUCGCAACCAUUCUUACGAGAACCGCCUCAAUUAUCUCCCUAUUUGGUUACAUCACUUACAUUGAUCUUAUGAACAAUAUGGGACACUGCAAUUUCGAGCUCGUUCCGAAAUGGAUCUUCUCGAUUUUCCCUCCUCUCAAGUACUUGAUGUACACCCCUUCGUUUCACUCGUUGCACCACACGCAAUUUCGGACAAACUACUCGUUAUUCAUGCCGUUCUACGACUACGUACACGGUACAAUGGACAAGUCAACCGACGCACUGUACGAAACCUCACUGGAGAGAAAGGAGGAUUCUCCGGACGUGGUACAUAUAACGCACCUCACCACACCGGAUUCUAUCUUCCAUCUGCAAGUGGGAUUUGCCUCGUUCGCUUCCAAGCCUCAAAAAUCGAAGUGGUACAUGUGGCCACUCACAUUUUGGUCCGUCACGUUCAAUUACAUCUACGGCAAAACAUUUAUCGUCGAGAGAAAUUUGUUCGAGAAACUUAAGCUCCAAUCUUGGGCGAUCCCUCGAUAUUCUAUCCAGUAUUCGCUCAAAUGGCAAGGAAAAGCGAUUAACGGAUUAAUCGAAGAAGCAAUACUCGAAGCUGACGCACGAGGCGCCAAGGUUAUAAGCCUAGGCCUACUCAACCAGAGUGAAGAACUUAAUAGAAGAGGAGAACUUUUCGUCGAAAAACAUCCUAAGAUGAAAACGAAAAUAGUCGACGGAAGUAGUUUAGCGGUUGCGGUUGUACUAAACAGCAUUCCUAAAGGCACAACUGAAAUACUAUUUAGAGGCAGCCUCUCCAAAAUUGCAUUUGCCAUUGUUUCUGCUUUGUGCCAGCAGGGCAUUAAGGUUGCGACGUUCUACGAAAACGAGAAGCUUAAAUUGUCCACAAUGCCUCAUGCUACUAAAGUUGUGACCUCCGAAAAUUACACUCAAAUGAUAUGGAUAGUUGGAGAUGGAUUUACAGAAGAUGAACAAAAGAAGGCACCAAAAGGGACUUUAUUCAUUCCAUUCUCUCAAUUCCCUCCGAAGAAAGCGCGAAACGACGUCGUCUACCGUCAAACUCCGUCUUUGAUAGCUCCUCCUUCACUUAAGAAUCUUAAUUCUUGUGAGAAUUGGCUGCCGAGAAGAGCGAUGAGCGCUUGGCGCGUGGCGGGAAUAUUGCAUGCAUUGGAAGGAUGGAAUGUGCAUGAGUGUGGUGAUGAUAUUUUUGAGUUCAAGAAAAUUUGGGAAGCUGCACUUAAACAUGGAUUUCGCCCUAUUAAUUAAUGUUUUAUUAAUAAAUUUUUAGGAUUAUUUUAAUUUGUGUAAUAAUAAAAUUUCCAAUUGAAUGAAUUGUGUGUGUUGCACAAACUCAUUUGGACUUGUGUUUGGUUGUAAUUUGUGUUUGUGUUUGUGUUUUAUUAUAUGGAUCAAUUAGUAAUUUGGUAAUUUAUGUUUUGUGUUUAUUGAAUGGAGAGAUUUAAACUCAAUUGAAUGA